AUGCAUGGGCACCUGCGCAUGGUAAACACAAAUGAGAUGAUAUUAGAAUGGUUUGACGUGAAGAUAUGGCCUAUGAACCUCGUUGGUGUCAGAAUGAGUCACGGUGUGAGCAUCCUGUUCUGUGGAAUCUCACAGUCGUUAAUGGUUCCCACACUAACAAAAGUUAUCAAUGGUCCCAUGUUAUUAUUGCCUUAUCUGACUACAUUGUCACCUCUUGCUCUCAUUCUUGCUCUCAUUCUUGCCUUCCCUCUCCUUGUCCUUGCACCCCCCAUUCACACCCUCACUCUUGCCAUUCUCAGUCUCAUUGCCAUCAUUCUCAUCCUUGCUCUCAAUCUUGCUCUCAUUCUCCACAUUCUAGGUCUUGCUCUGCUUCUCGGUCUCACCCUGCUUCUCGGUCUCACUCUGCUUCUCAACCUUAUUCCCCCCAUCCUCACAAGCCUCCUCCUCCUUGCUCUCACUCUCGAUCCCAUUGUUCUCAGUCUUGCUCCCCCCAACCUUGUCCUCGCAAGCCUCCUGCUCACUCUCAUUCUCACACACCUGCUUGUGCAGAGUCUGAAACUCCCUCUGCAAUUCAUGCAUGAUUUCUUGUUAUUACAGAAAAGACAAAAGCUGCACAUCCCCCAAAGCCCUUUUUGA